AUGGAGAAAAAGGACACAGAUGUACACAGACCUGAGUCCUGUCUGCAGAACUGCAAAGAUGAUUCAGCAUCAGCACCUAAUGAUAAGCGGCACACCUGCGAUCAGUGUGGGACAGCUUUCAGCAAACCAAGUAAUCUAAAAAGGCACCAACUCAUCCACAGUGAAGAGAAGCCGUACAUCUGUGACCCAUGUGGGAGAGCUUUCACUCGGCCAGCUAAUCUAAAAAGGCACCAACUCAUCCACCUUGGAGAAAAACCAUACACAUGUGACCAUUGUGGGAGAACUUUCAGUGAUCCAAAUAAUCUAAAAAGGCACCAACUCAUCCACAGUGAAAAGAAGCCGUAUGUUUGUGACCAAUGCGGGAAAGGUUUCAGAUGGCGAACUUAUCUAAAAACACACCAACUCCUCCACAGUGGAGAGAAACCAUACACUUGUGACUAUUGUGGCAGAGCUUUUAGCCAGUCGUCUCACCUAAAAAAACACCAGCUCAUCCACAGUGAAGAUAAACCACAUAUUUGUGAACAGUGUGGCAGAGCUUUCAAAAUCUUGACUUGCUUAAAAACACAUAAACUCUCUCACAGAAAAGAUAAAUUAUAUAGCUGUGGACAAUGUGGGCAAGCUUUUAAACAGUCAGCUCACCUUAAAUCACACCAACUUAUCCACAGUGGCAAGAAACCACAUGUCUGUGACCAGUGUGGCAAAGCUUUCAACCGGACAGUCAAUCUGAAAAGGCACCAGCUUAUCCACACUGGAGAGAAACCAUACACCUGUGACCAAUGCAACAGCGCUUUCUACACGUUCUCGGACUUAAAAAUACACAAACGCGUACACACUGGAGAUAAACCGCACACUUGUGACCAGUGUGGGAGAUGUUUCAGUCGAACACAUAAUCUGAAAAUCCACCAACUCAUCCACAGUGGAGAUAAACCGUACUCCUGUGAUCAGUGUGGGAAGAGAUUACGUUAUUUGCUUUCAUUGAAGCAUCACCAACGUAUCCACACUGGGGAGAAACCAUACCACUGCAGACUCUGUGGGAAGACCUUCAGAACAAUAUCAUCACAGAUAGUUCAUGAGCGUGUUCACACUGGAGAGAAACCGUACAGCUGUGACUGGUGCGAGAAGACUUUCAAGGACAAACCUGCUUAUCUGUUACACAAGCGUAUACAUACGGGAGAGAAACCGUAUCAGUGUCUGCACUGUGUGAAAAGUUUCAUUUCCUCAUACAGUCUUUCCAGACAUGAAGACACCCACACUGGGAACAAACGGUACUGGUGUGGAAAAUGUAAAGGAAGCUUCUACCAUUUAGGUCACUGGAGGAGACAAAAAACAUCUAAGCUGAGAAAGAGAUGCUCCUCCAAGUACAUGGUGAGGCUGGAGUGGUAGAACGUUUGACUCAAUCACUAAUUAAGUCAACCAUCCACCAGUAGCUGGUAAGUGCUCGUUAAGAGCAAGUGUGAAUAUAGGCAGUGCUUCUUCACAGCAUAUGCUGAUUGUCACAAAGUGCUUGAUUCUUUUGUCAAAGAUCCUCUCUGGGACAUCCUGAGAAGUCACAUCUCCAAGACAUCAUACUGUAGAUGGCCUACAACAAAUCCUUUGCGGAGCGGAGACAGAAUCUCAGGAAUCUUUCUGUGAAUCCUGGUGUUUCUCACAGAUGUAACUUGUGUGUCCCGGGGCCGCUACUGUAGCCAUAAAGGCCAGACAGGAUCUCUAAACACGGGACGGCUAAUGGGGCUCUGGUGAAAGAAGAAUUCCUCAACAGUGGCUCAGGUGGAGGAGGUGAUGGCUUGUAACCCAAUGGCCAUUUCUAGAUUAAUCCUGGAUGUAGAGCCACCCUCCCAUCCAGGAAUCAACUAAAUAAUCUUCCUCCAAGGGAUUGCCAUGA